AAAAAAAUACGAAUAUGAUUGUGGUGAAAGAUUAAAAGAACAAAAUAGAAGAGAAAAAAAUUAUAAACAAACUAUCGAACGUUUAGAACAAACCAUUGAUUCUUUACGAAACCAACUCAAUGAAAACGUUUCCCCCAGAUAUUAA